AAAAUAGUUUCGUCAUCAUUUUAACCAGCUAAUUUGGACUGGAAUCCGGUCAUGGAAGCUUCUGACUUCAUUGCUAGCUAGAAGAAGAAUCAAGCUCUGGAGUAACUGAUGGGAGAUAGCAUGGUGGAUCAGAGCAGUCCUAUGCGGGUGUUGGUGACUGGGGGGACUGGUCUGGUGGGUAGGGCCAUAGAACAUGUUGUCAAAGAAGAGGGAGGAGCGCGGGAGGGAGAGGAGUGGAUCUUCCUCUCCUCUAAGGAUGCAAAUCUCAUGGACAUGGGUGAGACGCAGGCUGUGUUUUUGAAGCACCAGCCCACCCACGUCAUCCACCUGGCAGCCAUGGUGGGAGGGCUCUUCAAGAACAUGAGGGCCAACCUAGACUUCUGGAGGAACAACAUCUACAUCAAUGACAAUGUCCUGCAGGCAGCCCACGAGGUGGAUGCUGUCAGGGUGGUCUCCUGUCUCUCCACCUGCAUUUUCCCUGAUAAGACCACCUAUCCCAUCAAUGAGACCAUGAUCCACAACGGCCCUCCUCACGAGUCUAACUUUGGCUACUCCUAUGCUAAGAGAAUGAUCGAUGUCCACAAUAGGGCGUAUCACCAGCAGCGUGGGCGAUGCUACACAGCAGUGAUACCGACCAAUGUGUUUGGCCCCCAUGAUAACUUCAACAUUGAGGAUGGACAUGUACUUCCAGGCCUCAUACACAAAGCCUACAUUGCUCAGAAGGAGGGUAGUCCAUUGGUGGUGUGGGGCUCAGGAACUCCCAGAAGGCAGUUCAUUUACUCAUUGGAUCUGGCUCGUCUCUUCCUCUGGGUGCUGAGAGAGUACCCUGAGGUGGACCCCAUCAUACUGUCUGUUGGUGAGGAGGAGGAGGUGUCCAUUAAGGAGGCAGCAGAGGGUGUUGUCGAGGCACUGGGGUUCAAAGGUCAAGUGACUUAUGACAGAACUAAAGCAGACGGUCAGUUCAAGAAGACAGCCAGCAACGCCAAGCUGCUGCGGUACCGCCCCAACUUCACCUUUACCCCCUUCAAACAAGCCUUGAAGGAGACAUGUGAUUGGUUCGUGGCCAAUUACGACACCGCCCGCAAGUGAAGAUUCCUCAAAUCAGAUUGGCUGUUAGGAAACCAGUCCCAGGAAGAGGGGACUGUGAUGGAGGGGUCAGGAGGAGUGGAGCUGAAGGUUCUAGAACUGACAAAGAACUUAGGACUUAGAGCGUACAUGAAGAACAUUAUCUGCCAUUAAAUGAAGUUCUGUUAGACUGAUGUAAUGUGGUCCUGAUCAUGUUGCUGAGAUUCCAUGAAGAAUGUGUAGAGUGUAGGCUGGGCUAAUCACUCUGUUUUAACACUCAAACAGCAUCCUGUUCAUAUAUCAGUUGUACUCAAACUAUUUGAGAAGGUGGCAAAGGUCUGGAUGGCCAUGUCUAUACCAUAUGACUAGAGUGGGUAUAAUGGACUUAAACUAGUUCUUUGUCCAUGGGAUUUCUUCUAUGUCCACCCAAUAUGGCAACAAAAUAGAAUUUUCCACAAAUAAAUAGUUGUGCUGCCAUUUUGAGUGGGUUGUUCACUACUCAAUUUGUCUGCUGUAUCAUAUAGAAUACCAGGGGUUUUUGGAUAUGUUCUUUUAUAACUGUCUUUACUAAAUACAACUGUGCAAUAUGUACAUGAGUGGUGGGCUGAGAAAAUAAAUCAAUGUUUAUUUUAA